UUACUGCCCAUAAAAUUUUAACACUUUGUUAUCGGGUUUUAAAAAGAUUUCUACCCAUCAAUUAAAAGCUUUUAGCACCAAAAAAAAUUUCUGGGUCCCUUCACCUUUAUUGCUGCAUGGAGUGUCAACCGGUCUAAUCUUUGUGCUAACCUCUCCUGUCUGCUUCAAAAGAUUGAUACUUGAGGGGAGGGAUUUCUACUGUAGUCCACAUCUUGCUCAAAGGAGGCGUUUUUGCUUAUGGAGGUCUCUGGUGAAGAAGCUACACUGCAGUUGUAAAUUUUUUAUUUUUUUGUUGAAGGGCAAUGCUUCUCUUGUAACUUCUGGUUUUCAUCUGUUGGUGGUCUUUGAGCAAGUCAGGACUCUUGUGGUUUUGAAAAAUCCCUCCUUUGGGUUUGUCGGUAAAUAAGUCCUUCAACAGUGUUGAUUGAGAAGCUUGUGAAUCCACUCUCUAUUUUUGGGACUGUGCUUCUUCGGUUCUUUCUAAAGUUGUGUUUUCUUUCUUCUAGAACCUAAGAAGGGUAUCUUGGAACUCUAUUUGUACCUUUUGUUGGUGGGGUGAACGGUAGUUGCUUAUCCUUUUGAGCUACAAGGGUGAAAGUUCUCUUUCUGUGUUCACUCGAGUGUGAGCCACACAAAAGUAAAUAUUCUGGAGUCUAUAGACUAUGAAGUCAUUUAGCUUUUUAGUGUUGUUAUCUUUGUAUUUCUUCUCCGUGGUGGGGCAGCUUCCUUCUCAGGAUAUUUUAGCAUUGCUGGAGUUCAAGAAAGGCAUCAAACACGACCCCAGUGGCUAUGUGCUCAAUUCCUGGAAUGAGGAAUCCAUUGAUUUUGAUGGAUGCCCUUCUUCAUGGAAUGGAGUUUUGUGCAAUGGUGGUAAUGUUGCUGGGGUUGUCCUUGAUAACUUGGGUCUCUCUGCUGACACAGACUUGAGUGCGUUUUCAAAUCUCACUAAGCUUGUGAAACUCUCCAUGUCCAACAAUUCCAUAACAGGAAAUCUACAUGGCAGCAUUGCUGAGUUCAAAAGCCUUGAAUUCCUGGAUAUUUCCAAUAACCUCUUUUCUUCAUCUUUGCCAUUGGAAAUUGGUAAAGUAAGCAGUUUGCAGAAUCUGUCUUUGGCUGGAAAUAAUUUCUCCGGUCCAAUUCCCGAUUCAAUGUCAGAAAUGGCUUCCAUGAAGUCCCUGGAUUUGAGCCGCAACUCUUUCUCUGGAAAGCUGCCAGUGUCGUUGACUAAGGUGACCAGCCUUGUAUCGCUUAACUUGUCCCAUAACAGCUUCACUGGAAAAAUUCCCAAAGGUUUUGAGCUGAUUCCUGCUCUUGAAAAGCUUGACUUGCAUGGUAAUAUGCUUGAAGGUAAUUUGGAUGUUGAUUUUAUGCUUUUCUCGAGUGCCAGCUAUGUUGAUUUAAGUGAGAACAUGCUGUCUAGUUCUGAUUCCAAGCAGAAGUUUCUACCGCGACUAUCUGAAAGUAUUAAGCAUCUGAAUUUAAGCCACAACCAGCUUACUGGAUCAUUGGCCAGUGGAGUUGCAGAACCGGUUUUUGAAAACUUGAAAGUGUUAGACCUCAGUUACAAUCAGUUGGAUGGAGAAUUGCCUGGAUUUGAUUUUGUCUAUGAUCUUCAGGUCCUCAGGCUUAGUAACAACAGGUUUUCAGGAUUUAUUCCUAAUGGCCUACUGAAAGGAGACUCUUUGGUUUUAACUGAACUGGAUUUGAGUGCCAACAAUCUCUCUGGGCCACUAAGUAUAAUUACAUCAACAACACUUCACUCUCUUAACCUCUCAUCAAAUCAGUUCACUGGCGAACUACCACUGCUGACUGGAAGCUGUGCUGUACUUGAUCUGUCAAACAACAAAUUAGAGGGAAAUUUAACUAGGAUUUUGAAAUGGGGGAAUAUAGAAUUUCUUGAUCUCAGUGGCAAUCAUUUGAUCGGAACCAUUCCAGAGGAAACUCCUCAAUUUUUGCGUCUAAAUUAUUUGAAUUUAUCCCAUAAUUCUCUCAGCAGCUCCCUUCCAAAAGUCUUGACACAGUAUCCAAAGCUGAUAGUGCUUGACAUUAGUUUCAACCAAUUAGAUGGACGGUUUCUAUCCGGUCUGCUCACAAUGCCCUCUUUGCAAGAGCUGCAUCUUGAAAAUAAUGUGAUCUCUGGUGGCAUCAAUUUCUCAUCUUCUCCUGACCAAUCCGAUCUUCAGAUUCUUGAUCUUUCUCACAACCAGCUUAAUGGCUAUUUUCCUGAUGAGUUUGGGUCAUUAACUGGCCUUAAAGUGCUAAAUAUUGCUGGAAAUAAUUUUUCUGGCUCUCUUCCAACCACCAUUGCUGACAUGAAUUCACUUGACUCAAUGGAUAUAUCAGAUAAUCAUUUUACUGGCCCUCUACCAAAUAACAUGCCAAAGGGGCUCCAAAACUUCAAUGCUUCCGGAAAUGAUCUAUCUGGACUCGUCCCAGAAGUUUUUAGGAAGUUUCCUAGUUCUUCUUUCUUUCCUGGUAAUUCUAAGUUACAUUUUCCAAAUGGUCCUCCAGGAUCAACUGCUUCACCUGCUGAAAGUUCCAAGAAGAAGCAUUUGAACACCAUUGUUAAAGUAAUAAUCAUAGUGUCAUGUGUGGUUGCGUUCUUCAUAUUAAUCCUGCUCGCAGUCUUCAUACACUAUAUACGUAUAUCAAGAUCUCCACCAGAAUAUGAUACAAGUAAGGAUAUCCACAGGCAUCCUCAACCAAUUAUCUCGGCUCCUGUUCGAACUACUGAUAGGGGUGGUGCUUUGGUUGUUUCAGCCGAGGACCUUGUGGCCACACGCAAAGAGUCGCCAUCAGAGGUAAUCAGCUCUGAUGAAAAAAUGGCAGCUGUAACGGGGUUCUCUCCAUCAAAACAAAGCCACUUUUCAUGGUCACCAGAAUCUGGUGAUUCAUUCACCGGUGAAAAUCUUGCAAGACUAGACACGAGGUCACCGGAUCGGUUGAUUGGAGAGCUGCAUUUUCUUGAUGAUUCGAUAACAUUGACACCUGAGGAGCUCUCAAGAGCCCCAGCUGAAGUUUUGGGAAGAAGUAGUCAUGGUACUUCCUACAAGGCCACUCUGGAGAAUGGUUUGUUGUUGAGAGUGAAGUGGUUGAGAGAAGGAGUAGCAAAACAGAGAAAAGAAUUUGUCAAGGAAACCAAAAAAUUUGCGAACAUCAGACAUCCAAAUGUUGUGGGAUUGAGAGGCUAUUAUUGGGGCCCUACACAGCACGAGAAGCUCAUCCUUUCAGAUUACAUCUCACCAGGAAGUCUUGCAAGCUUUCUUUAUGAUCGACCAGGAAGAAAAGGUCCACCUUUAACUUGGAUGCAGAGACUCAAAAUAGCAGUUGAUGUAGCACGUGGCCUGAACUAUCUCCAUUUUGAUCGUGCCAUCCCUCAUGGGAACCUCAAAGCCACAAAUGUGUUGUUAGACACAACUGAUAUGAAUGCACGAGUCGCCGAUUACUGUCUUCACCGGCUCAUGACUCAAGCAGGUACUAUCGAACAGAUUCUUGAUGCCGGUGUCUUAGGUUAUCGUGCACCGGAGUUAGCUGCCUCGAAGAAGCCAAUGCCCUCCUUCAAGUCAGAUGUUUAUGCUUUUGGAGUGAUACUUUUGGAACUUCUAACCGGAAGGUGUGCUGGUGAUGUGAUAUCUAGUGAGGAGGGAGGUGUUGAUCUCACAGAUUGGGUGAGGUUGCGUGUGGCAGAAGGUAGAGGCUCAGAAUGUUUUGAUGCUACCUUGAUGCCAGAAAUGAGUAAUCCUGUUGUAGAAAAGGGAAUGAAGGAGGUCCUGGGAAUAGCCAUGCGAUGCAUUCGAUCAGUUUCUGAAAGGCCUGGCAUCAAAACUAUAUAUGAAGAUCUCUCUUCUAUAUAGUCUUCUCAUGCUAACUGUUUCAACUUUGGCAUGUUGUGGGGAUUAAUGUCUCAUUAGUGUCCCAUAUUUGUUCAAAGCUUGGCCUUUUAACAUGUUUGUAUUAACCAUUUUUUAGCUGUAAAAAUGGGGCAUGUGCAUGGAUUUUACUUGAUGGUUCUGGCCAUCUAAUUUUGUCUUGAAAUGGAUUGUGUUAUGAAUGAUCAUUUGUCUUGAAAUGGUUAAUACUCUGUAGUUAGUAUGUA